AUGGUGGAUAGCCACAGCAAGUGGAUCGAGGUGUUUCCAUUACGCACGCUGACUUCGAAGGAAACAGUGGAGAAGAUCUCCGAAUUCAUCGGCAGAUUCGGUUCCAUCGGUACACUGGUGUCCGACAACGGGACUGCAUUUUCUUCGGAAGAGUUUCAAGAUUUUUGUUCAUCCCGGGGAAUCAAGCAUUUGCGGACAGCACCCUACAGCCCUUGUUCCAAUGGUGCUGCAGAGAACGCAGUCAAAACAGCCAAGAACGCGAUGAAGAAGCUAUCAUCGGAUCCGGCGUUCCAACGAAAGUCGGUAUCGUUGCAUUUGAGCGCAUAUCUGGAGAUGUAUCGCGCCACCAAGCACGCGACAACCGGUGAAAGUCCCUUCAAGUUGAUGUUCGGAAGAGAGAUGAGAAUCCGUUUCGACAAGCUGAAGGUAAAUCACGAAAAACGACAACGCGAGAAGAUUGAAGAACACCACCUCAAACAGAAGAGAACGGUAUUCCAGAUUGGUGAGACAGUCUAUGCAAGAGAUUACCGAAAUCCGAAGAAGCCGCUAUGGGUACGAGCAAAGAUCGUCAAGAAGAUUGGAGCUGUCCUAUACGAGUGCGUUUCGGACGAUCUAGGAAUUAUCAAGCGCAGGAGCCAUCAGUUGUUGAAAUACCCUUUCGAUGACUAUGACGACGAAGCAAGACAACCCACAGGCGCAGGUGCGUAA